GCCUGACAGUGCCAGGGUGGGAGGAGCGCCCCCGCCCCCACCUCCGGAGGUGGCGGCCCCACGCGGCCCCAACAAGCUGCCGUUGUCCCGCGGGCCGUGGGCCCGGCACACUGGGGCUUUGUCCGGCCCCCCGCCGCGACCCACGGGCCCCCACAUGACCGAGGGGGUAGGAGGAGCCUGUGGCGGCGGCGGCGGCGGCGGCAGCGGCGGCUCCACCAUUAUUUCCCUCUCCGGCUCAGGGUCGGCGGGCCGUGGCGGCGGCGGCGGCUGGGCCGGACUGGCCAGGGCCGCGGACGUCGGGCCCUCGGGUCCUCGCCAGGCUGCAGGUGCCGGGCUUGGGCCAUCAGGGCAGCCGUGACCCAAGCGCUUUCCGGCCGGCGAGCUGUGGGUGGGCCCGGACCCCCGCCCUGGGGAUCAUGGGCAAUGGCAUGACCAAGGUACUUCCUGGACUCUACCUUGGAAACUUCAUUGACGCCAAAGACCCGGAUCAGCUGGGCCGGAAUAAGAUCACACACAUCAUCUCCAUCCACGAGUCACCCCAGCCUCUGCUGCAGGACAUAACCUACCUUCGCAUCCCAGUGGCUGACACCCCUGAGGUGCCCAUCAAAAAGCACUUCAAAGAAUGUAUCAACUUCAUCCACUGUUGCCGCCUCAAUGGGGGGAACUGCCUAGUGCACUGUUUUGCAGGCAUCUCCCGCAGCACCACCAUUGUGACGGCAUAUGUGAUGACUGUGACGGGGCUAGGCUGGCGUGAUGUGCUCGAUGCCAUCAAGGCCAACCGGCCCAUCGCUAACCCCAACCCAGGCUUCAAGCAGCAGCUGGAGGAGUUUGGCUGGGGCAGUUCCCAGAAGCUUCGCCGGCACCUAGAGGAGCGCUUCGGGGACAGCCCUUUCCGGGACGAGGAGGAGAUGCGUGCGCUGCUGCCGGUGUGCAAGCGCUGCCGUCAGGGCUCUACCACCUCGGCCGCCUCCACCGCGCCGCCCUCCGGGUUCUCCGAGGGAACCCUACAGCGCCUGGUGCCGCGGACACCCCGGGAAACCCACCGGCCGCUGCCGCUGCUGGCGCGCGUCAAGCAGACUUUCUCUUGCCUCCCGCGGUGUCUGUCCCGCAAGGGGGGCAAAUGAGAAGCCCACCCUGUGUGGCUCCCCUCUUCCUCCCGACUGGGUCCCCUUCGGGGUCUGUGUGGGCCUCCCACGGCCUCCAGGACGGGCCCAGAGCCUAUGGGAGCCCCGCGACGGCCUGAGCCCCGCCUUUCCCCUGCCCGCCUGCUUGUCUGCGUCGGUAGUGUGUGUCCUUCCUCUGUGCGUCUCAGUGUCGGUGUCUCAGCGUCGGCUGGCCUGCUGCAGCCACCUGGUGCCUUAGUCCUCGGGCUGGGGGAGGGGGCACCUGGGUCUCGACCCUUAAAGGCAGGGAUGGAGGGUGAGGGUGGGGUGGGUGAGGGCCUACCGGGCCUGAAGGAUAUUAAAGAGACAGAAAAUGCCUGUCUGAAUCCCUCGAAUUAUUCAGCAAAAGCAGGGCAGCUGGACUCUGCCUGGUGCCAG